AUGGCUCCCAGAUCUGUCGCACUCCCACCUAAGUCACAUAUUUUGGUCACCGGGUCUAGUGGCUACAUAGGAUCUCAAGUAGUCAAUUCACUUCUUGAGCUAGGAUAUGUGGUACGAGGGAUGGUUCGCUCGCCAAAGCCAUGGUUAGACGAACUUUUUAAGCAAAGAUUUGGUCAGCAUUCCUUUGACACAGUCCUGCUGUCAGAUUUCGAUGAUAGAAGGCUUCUGGCUCAAAUUAUGGACGGAAUCUCUGGAAUAGUACACGUGGCUUCAGAUGUGACCUUUAAUCCAGACCAUGACGCAGUAAUACCUUGGGUUGUGAGAGCUACUCUAAAUAUCCUGGAAGCUGCAUCAAAGCAGCCGUCGGUUAAGCGAGUAGUUCUCACAUCUUCAUCUACAGCUGCUCUAGUCCCCAUAGUUGGCGCAGAGGGUGUGCGCGUGGAUGAGAGCACGUGGAAUGAUUUGUCUGUGCAAAUAGCUAGAAAUCAAUCUUUGCCCGCUGAGCAGUUAGGGUUUCAUGUUUAUGCUGCUUCGAAAACGGAAGGGGAACGCCAGGCCUGGAAGUGGGUCGAUGAACACAAGCCAUCGUUUGUUUUUAACUCAGUAUUGCCUAACUUCACAACUGGCAGGGUUCUUCAUCCUUUAAUUAAAGGAUCAAGCAUGGGGUGUAUCCGUGCCCUUGUUAAAGGCGAUCAAUCUAUGUUUUCGCGCUUCUUCCCACAAUGGUACGUUGAUGUUACCGAUACUGCCCGCCUUCAUGCAAUCGCCUUACUAGAUCCGUUGGUGAUAUCACAGCGAAUUUUCGCCUUCGCCGCACCGAUUCAGCUUAAAGAUAUAAUUUACGCUCUACAAAAGCUGCGACCAAGCAAGAUGCUCCCUGAUCCGCCGGCAAAAGAGUGUCGAGAUUUAACAGAUGUUCUUCCAUCAAGAAAAGCAGAGAAAUUGCUUCAGAGCUUUUAUGGCCAAGCGGGUUGGACACCUUUGGAAACUAGUCUGGCUAAUGGUAUCGAGGACCUGUAA